GCCGCGGAGCGAAACAAAGAGCCGAUCGCGGCGGUGCUGACGCGAUACCUCGGCGAGGAGAAGAGCGGCGUGAUCUUAGAGGUGGCGUGCGGGACCGGGCAGCACGCCGCGCACUGCGCGCCGCUGUUACCGAACCUGUGGUGGCAGCCCACGGACUUGGGGACGGACGCGUUCGACGCGGUGGAUCAUCACACGAGAGGGAUUAAAAACGUAUCCCACGCGUUAGAGAUGGACGGAUCGAAUAAUUUCAUGCUCGUGAAGGACGGCACGUUCACGGCGGUGCUGGCCGUCAACCUGACGCACAUCUCCCCGUACGCGGCGACGAAAGGGCUCGUCGCCGGCGCCGGAGACGCGUUGAGAGUCGGCGGGAAGCUCUUCAUCUACGGGCCGUUCAAGAGGAACGGAGAGCACACGUCCGAGGGGAACGCGACGUUCGACGCGAGCCUCAGGAGCCAGAACGCGGAGUGGGGGUAUCGGGACAUCGAGGCCGUGGAGCAGCUCGGGCGCGACGCGGGCUUGACCCCGACGGAGACGGUCGAGAUGCCCGCGAAUAAUUUCAUGCUCGUGAUGACGAAG